GGAGCCAGACAUUGUAAUGGAUCACCGAUAUGAUCGUCACCAGGUUAGCUUUAGCAGCUUGAACAACAACGACCGUGACAGGACGGGACAGGACAGAAGCUGCCUGGCGGCGCAGUAUUUGGCGACACAGGCGUGAAACAGUCUAUGAACACUAUGGCUCAAGCGGAGGAUAUAUUUCUCAGGGCGAAGCAUCGAACAUUCCGUGGAUUUACUGAAGAUAUUGAGCAUGAGUGGACCGGCCCCUUCUACUUCAUUCAGGCUGCAGACCCCCAGCUUGGACUGAUGAAGGCCUGGAGAGAGGGCGAUUGCGAUGGUGGAGGAGAUGAAUGGACAGAGGAAGUUGAUCUCACCAAACAAGCGGUGGCGGCCAUGAAUCAGCUCCGACCUCGGCCAAGGUUUAUGGUGCUGUGUGGAGACCUGGUGCACGCCAUGCCAGGCACCAUUUUUAGAGAUGAGCAGGAGCGAGACCUAAAGAUGGCAUUGAGUGGGACAGACCCUUCCAUUCCACUAGUAUUUGUCAGUGGCAAUCAUGACCUUGGAAACACUCCCACCCCAAAAACAGUGGCGCAGUACUGCAGUGCAUGGGGUGAUGACUAUUUCAGCUUUUGGGUGGGUGGAGUUCUCUUCCUGGUUUUAAACUCUCAAUUCUUCCACGAUGCUUCAGCCUGUCCUCAGUUGAAGGAGUCCCAGGAAACAUGGCUUGAAGAGCAGCUGAGCAAAAUAUCAUAUUCCUCAAGUACGGCACCGAAACACAUCGUAGUGUUUCAGCACAUUCCUUUGUAUGUAAAUAACCAUGAUGAGGAAGAUGACUACUUCAACUUGCAGAGGGAAGUCAGGCAAAAGCUGAUUGAAAGAUUUAAAAAAGCUGGGGUGAAGGCGGUCUUCUCUGGCCACUAUCACAGAAAUGCAGGCGGCUACAACGACGGCCUCGACAUGGUCGUGAGCUCCGCCAUCGGCUGCCAGCUGGGCGAGGACACCCACGGCGUCAGGGUGGUGGUCGUGACCGCUGAUCAGGUGAUCCAUCGUUACCACACCUUGGAUCAAAUGCAAAAAGAAGGGAUGGAUGAGGACCUCAGAAAGCUCCUACAAGCCUGAUGAUCUUUAAGGUCAAUUUUUUUGUGUAAAUGGGAUUUUUUUAAUCAAGACUUAACCGUUUAAAAACACAUUAUAUGACAGUGGAACCUCUAAUGUCGAACCCAAGCCAUUCCAGAACUCUGGUUGACUUUAUAUAUGUUCAGAUUUCAUUGUUUUCAGUUCAUACAUACUAAAAUACUCCACUUUUGCUUUUUCUAAGAUAAAUUAGCGUACAGUUGGAACUUGUAUCUGUCAGUAGACUCCAUAUGGAAGCGCUAAAAACUACAACAUGGCUGACAGGGCGGAGACGCAGUCAAAGGGGGCUUGGACUGAAGGAGGGCAUCGGUGCGUAAACAAGACCGCCCACAAAACGACACAUUCUGGUGAGAAAAUCAUAAAUCAGCUUUUAAAUGGUCUUUAAAACAUAAGCUAUGCAAAAUGUGGACCAAAGAACCAUCAUUACAUGUUAUGUAGACCAGUGUUUCUUAACCAUAGGGCCAGGGCCCAAUGUUGGGCCGUGAGCGCCCUCUAUAGGGCCGCCCAAAAAAUUGGUUUCUCAGCCGUGCUAUGUUCUCAGUUGAAAUACACUUUUCCACACCUUGUGGCAGUAAUGAGAAUAUCAAACAAACAGAAGAAGUCAGAAGCUGACGUUUGAGAAGUUUUUUAAGCGCUAACAAUUUGACAAAACUGGUGAGGCUGUAUUUUCAUUUGCACUUCAAUUUUGACGGAUUAGUUAAGAAAUAUAUGUUUUACUAUUAAUUUAGUGCAUUUAUUUUAGCACAACAUAAUUGUUAGUAAAAUAACUUUUUCCUCAGUCAUUUAUGAGUCCUUUCCUUUGCAUUAUAUUUUGUUAGUACCUGUUUCUAUAAUCAGCUUGACUUAAGCCUAAGGUUUAUGUGUUAAAUGCAACAUAAUAUGUUGGUUUCCUUUCAUUUGACAAGGUGGUAAACUACAAGUAGGUUAGAUAUGAUUAUUGAAUAUAAAUAAAAUCAAAAGUACGAAUACUAAUUCAGUGUUAAUAUUUGAGUGAGACCGGGGCUCCUCUGUGGUAGAAAAGUUGGACUCUGGAGUCAAAAAAGUUAAAAACUCCUGAUGUAGACCAUAAAGAAGUGGGUUGAAUGUACAAAACCCAAAACCAGUGAAGUUGGCCUUUUGUGUAAAUUGUAAAUAAAAAAAGAAUACAAUGAUUCGCAAAUCCAUUUAAAUUUAUUUUCAAUUGAAUACACUGCAUUGAUUGAACUUUUUAUUAGUAGAUUGCACAGUUCAGUACAUAGUCCGUACAAUUGACCACUAAAUGGUAACACCUGAAUACGUUUUUCAACUUGUUUAAGUCGCCGUCCACGUUAAUCAGUUCAUGGUAAACAAAGCAAAGAUGAGAUACAACGUUUAAACUGGUAAACUUUGCAAAUAUUAGCUUAUUUGGAGUUUGAUGCCUGCAACAUGUUUCAAAAAAGACUGAGAACACUUAUUUUGAACAUCUCACAGGUAAACAGGCUGAUUGGAAACAAGUGGGUGUCAUGUUUGGGUAUAAACGUAGCUUCCAUGAUAUGCUCAGUCAUUCACAAACAAGGAUGGGGCCAGGGUCACCACUUUGUGAACAAAUGCAUUAGCAAAUUUUCGAACGGUUUAAGAACUACAUUUCUCAAUGAGCUAUUGCAAGAAAUGUCAGAGGACGGUUCAGAGAAUCUGUAGAAAUCAUUGCACAUAAGCUGCAAGGCCGAAAACCAACAUCUAAUGCCCUUCGAUCCCUCAGGCGGUACUGCAUCAAAAAGCGACAUCAGUGUGUAAAGGAUAGCCCCACAUGGUCUCAGGAACACUUCAGAAAACCACUGUCAGUAACUACAGUUUGUCGCUACAUCUGUAAGAACAAGUUAAAACUGUACUAUUUAAAGCAAAAGCCAUUUAUCAACACCCAGAAACGCCGCUGGCUUCGCUGGGCCCGAGCUCAUCUAAGAUGAACUGAUGCAAAGUGGAAAAUUGUUCUGUGGUCUGACGAGUCCACAUUUCAAAUUGUUUUUGGAAACUGUGGACGUCGCGUCCUCCGGACCAAAGAGAGAAAGAACCAUCCGGACUGGUAUAGGCGCAAAGUUCAAAAGCCAGCAUCUGUGAUGGUAUGGGGGUGCAUUAGUGCCCAAGGCAUGAGUAACUUACCCAACUGUGAAGGCACCAUUAAUGCUGAAAGAUACAUGCAGGUUUUAAAGCAACAUAUGUUGCUAUCCAAGCAACAUCUUUUUCUUGGACGCCCCUGCUUAUUUCAGCAAAACAAUGCCAAUCCACAUUCUGCACGUGUUACAACAGCGUGGCUUCGUAGAGUGUAGGUACAAGACUGGUCUCCCAUUCCAAAUGUGUGGCACAAUAUAAAGCGUAAAAUAAGACAUUUGAGACCCCGCACUGUUGAACAACUUAAGCUGUACAUCAAGCAAGAAUGGGAAAUAAUUCCAUCUGAAAAGCUUUAAAAAUUGGUUUCCUCAAUUCCCAAACGUUUACUGAGUGUUGUUUAAAAGAAUGGCCAUGUAACACAGUGGUAAAAAUUCCCCCGUGCCAACUUUUUUGCAAUGUGUUACUGCUAGUUAAUUCUAAGUUAAUGAUUGUUUGCAAAAAGAAUAUGAAAUAUCUUGUCUUUGCAGUCCAUUCAAUUAAAUAUGAGUUGAAAAUAAUUUGCAAAUCAUUGUAUUCUGUUUUUAUUUACGAUUUGCACAACAUGCCAACUUCACUGGUUUUGGGUUUUGUAGAAAAAAAAGCAUAAUACAACCCCUUUAAGACUUAAUACAGCUGCCUUUGCGCUAGGUACUUUUUCUUUAGCCACAAUUUACUGAGCAACCAAGACCACGUUUGUCACGUCAUUACCUUUGCAUCAAAACACAACACAAACUUUUGGAGUUGGAUCCUUUAUCUGCUUACCGUGCUGAAGUCUCACAGAAAUGUGCUGAUAGCAAUAUGUUUUUGUUUGUUCUUGUAUUGUUCUACGAAUGAGCUUUGAGACUUUGGAGGGUUUGGCUUUUGAGGUUCCACUGCUGUGAAUUAUAUUUCAGAGGAGUCAAAGUACAACUCAUCCAUCACGUUAUCUCAGAACAAGCUUGUUUUUUCGCAGUUGCAAUCGUGCUGGCUUGUUUGAUCUGUUUCUGCAAUUUGCCUUUCCCACUGUUAUAUACGUCAUCCUAUGCAAGUUAAACAAAGGUGCUUUUUAUAUAAUGAAAUUGCACGUUGUUUUGCCACUAUCAAGCGCAGCUCCCUCCUGUAUCGUACACUGUUUCGCAGGACUGUAAGUGUCAGUGUUCAUGUAAGUCCCAUCUUGGUGGAACUCACAGGAAUUGAAGCGACAUGGAUGCAAUGUACUCGCAACACUAGGUCCCCUUUCCUCCUUUGCCGUGUGACGACAGAAUUAGGAACAAUUGUUCCAACGUUAAAAGAAAAAUCUAGAUGUAGGAAUAUUAUAUUGUUUAUUAUAAGUCAUCACAGAUAACAUUAGGACUAUGCCCUCUAGGGGUAUUAGCAGAAUUUGACAAAACACAGAGCGAUCACAUCAUUGCGUUUUUGUCUAUGCAAUUUUCGUGACACACAAUUAUAACGUUAGCAUUCAAAUCCAGCAGUUAAUUUAGUUACAGAAUAUUGGUGUGUGAUUGGUAGUGUUUAUCUUGCCACACUUAAAAAUCUCAGCUGUCCACUUUGCAUGUUAACAUUAAGUGCUUCAUAAAAUAGCUAGCUGGUUUCAGGCUCCUAAUGCACAUUCAAGCCACUUUUUCCUCCAGCUUGUCUAUGCGGAAGCAUGCACAACGUGUACGUGUUUUCUUUGCGACUUCCAAAUGUCUCAAUUCAAUUCCGCACUCAGAUACUCAAUAACCCAGACUUACUAGUAAAUAGUUCUCAUGGCAACCCUAUUGCUACACAUCUCUGUGUUUUGGAGAGGCUGCUUAAGAGCGUGUACAGUGUACAUCUGUGUGUAUGUGCUUCUGUCCGGGGUCCGCUUAGUGUCAUAAACGAUUUUCCAUUAGUAUCACUGCUACUGCCAGAUUCUGUCACAUCACCCCAAAAAAAAAAGGUGAUGGAGAGAGAGAGGAAAGUGAGCAUUUGAAAGAAGUGACUAUGAGCAUAUUUUUUUGGAAGACCAUCUCCUUCGUUCCCUGCCGAAGCAAGAACUUGACAUCCUUAUCUGUAAUCAUAUUAUACAUUAGGAAGGGGAUUCAUUUGGCCCUAUUCGUCGCGGUUUAGCUGACACAUGAAACGUGACGAAUUCCCUACUGUAGCACAAGUUUUAUUUAACCUGUGUAGGAGGUGUUGCACACAUUCAAAAUGUAUGCUUGGAUUGAAUGGCCAUACAGAACACCUGUGACUUGAUUGGUAGUAUUUUUCUAAUAAAUGUUGAUUUUAUCUA